AUGGAUAUAACGUAUUACGUAAUCCAACCAUUGAUAACAACAAUAAAAACUGGUAAUAUAUUACAUGACUGUCUGUUAAUAGUACUAGCUCUAUUUUGCUUAACAUUUAUUGGUAAAUUGUCUGCUAUAUUUAUUGAUUAUUUAAUUGUUUAUUAUUUACCAAAUAUAUGUAAAUUUCGUCGUAUUAAAUCUCGUUACCAACUAGAUGUCAUUAUUAAUACACAAGAUUAUGGUUCAGCUAAAUAUUGUAUACCUGAUGAAUAUUUAUCAAUAUUGCAUCAUUUAUAUAGAAUAAAUAUAAAUAUUAAAUCUGGUAAAAGAAUACCAAAUAUAACUUACGUACAAACAACCAAUUAUGGUCAUUCAUCAGCAACAUCAGCGACAGCAAUAUUUAAUGAACUGGAUGAUAUGAUGAAUUAUUUUAUAACGGGAACAGAAUACAUCUGUUUUGAUCAAUAUUUAUAUUUAACAAUGGUACCAACUAUUUCAUCAGCAACACAAAUACAACAUACACAACAUAGUUGCUACGAAUUAACAAUUUAUUCGUAUAAAUACACAUUUAUUGAACUAAAAACAAUAAUCAGUCAAUGGCAUUCGGAAUAUAAAGCAUAUAUGAAAAGAAAACAUUUUGGAAACUUAUAUCAUUUUACAUUUCUUAGUCAACCGUCACAGCCGCCAAGUGAGAAUGAUGAUAAAACAUAUCAUCCCACUGCAUCAACAGCUAAAGUUACAUCUUCAUUAUCGUCAAUAUACUUUGAUAAACAUUUAUUUCAAACAAAUAAAUCUUUUGAUAAUCUCUUCUUUAACGGAAAACAAAAAUUACUGAAACAAUUACAAUUUUUUUUAAAUAAUUCCUGUUAUUAUCAGCAAAAAGGUUUGCCGCAUUCACUCGGUUUGUUGUUUUAUGGUUUUCCGGAUAUUGAUUGUAUGUCAAAUAUAAUUAAAAAACGUUGUAAUUUACCAUCAACUUCAGUGGAUUCGGAUGAAACAACUAUUGAAUUUGGGAAUGAUUGUGAUGAAUAUAUUAAAAUAAAGUUAGAUUCAAAAGAUUUAAAACAAAAGCAAAAAUUAAUAUCAAAGUCAAUAUUAAAAAAGAAACUUUUAUCAUCCCAAAAACAACAUGAUCCAUUAACAUUAUCAUUCAUUUUAAAUUUAAUUGAUGGUUUUCUUGAACAACCAAAACGUCUUUUGAUAAUAACAACAAAUAAACCAGAACAAAUUGAUCCAGCCUUACUACGUCCCGGGCGAAUUGAUUUUAAACAAGAAUUUAAGAAAUGUUCAAAUGAUGAUAUUAAAAGUAUACUCGAACAUUUCUAUGACACAAAGUUAACUGAUGAAGAAGAUUUUCCAGAUGGUGAGUAUAGUCCAGCAGAAAUUAUACAGUUAUGUUUGACGAAUAAUCAAGAUAUUAAUGGAACGCUUAGAUUAUUGAUCAAGAAAAAAAACGAUUAG